AUGUGUGUGAUGAGACCUUCACCGAGGUAGAAGAUGACAAGCCAGAUGAAGGAGAAGGCGGGGAAAUCAAAUCACAUUCUCUCCCCUCUCGCUUCUCUCUCUUGCUCUCAGUUGCUUGUCUCAUCGGGCGACGUCCGACGGGCUGGGGGGAGAGGGAUACCUUAUUACAUGACGAUUACUGGUUGUAAUCCACCUCUGCCCAGCUGCGCCCAGCCUUGGAUGCCGGGCCAUGAGUUGUGAUUUUCUGCCAAAGUAUUGAUGUGAGUUCGAGGCAGUGAGAGUUUCAAUUGAGGUGAUUUCUUAUGAAUGAAGUCCAUCAGUGAAAGAGUAUUGAGUGAGUGAGUAAAGGUUGAGUG